CCCACAACACAUUGCAUUCUUAUUCACACUAAGUUAAAGAAUAUAUAGUUGAUAAUAGCCUAAAGUUGAAUUUAUCACCAUGUCAUUGUCCAAUGGGACUAAACUACCUAACCCAUUUGAUCUGGAUGACUCUCAAAUCCUGGAUAAAGUUUAUCUGACCCACCUCCAUGAUGAUGACAAAUGUGACAAAGAUGUCCUUUUCCACAUUGUGUCCAAUGUUAUACUUAGGUCAAAGCUAGCAGAAAGCAGAGGUGCUAUAACCGGGUUCAAACCAGAAUUUCCCACACUGAAGCUGAUUUCUUGUCAGAUGAUAAUGACGCCUCAUGGCGAACGUUAUGUGCACCAAACAACAAUGUGGAUUCUUCAACGCCUGAAAACCUAUUCAUGGGAUGCAAAAGCACUUGUAACUCUAGCUGCUUUCGCUUUGGAAUAUGGAAAUCUUUUGUACCUCACUGAUACUUCAACAGCAGAUCAACUUGUUAACUCUUUGAAACAGCUUAAUCAAAUCCAAAACAGAAAGGUCACUGUUCCUGCUACAGAUUUGGUGGUUUUGAUAAUGGAAGUGUUUAAUCAUAUUCGUGACUGGGCCACUUGGUCUGGUGUUGGUUAUGAUACUCUUGAAGUUCCUUCUUUGUCUGAUGCAUUGCAAGACAUCCAUGUCGCUGUUUAUUGGAUAAUUGCUUCCAUUGUUGCUGCUACUGGCAACAUCAACGGUGUAUCGGACUAUAAAUUAUCAGAUUUCAAAGGGAAGCUUUCUUCGGUUGACUCUAAAUUGAAGGAACAUUUGAAACUGAGCAAAGGGCAAAUAGAUUCUGUUGAACAGAACUUGAAGCGCAAGAAAGCAAUUUCUAAUCCUAAAGAUAUUGUAGAUAUCUUGAAGAUUCUUCUCCAACGCGAUGGAGAUAAUCUGCUAAUAUAUGAUGGCAGCACCAAAUCUAAAACAAAUAUUGAAGUCUUCAAAGGGAAAUAUGUAUUGUUGUUCAUUUCAAGUCUCAACAAAGUUGAAGAUGAGAUUUUGCUUUUGAAUUAUAUCUAUGAUAGAUUGAAGGACAAUCCACAAGAAAUGAAAGGUUACAAGAAAGAGGAUUUCAAGAUUUUGUGGAUCCCUAUCUUUGAGGGCGACCAGAAGAUCAAAUUCGAUUCUUUGAAGAAUAAGAUCAAAUUUUAUGCAGUGGAGUACUUCUCUGAGUUACCAGGCAUUGGACUCAUAAGAGAAAUUUUCAAUUAUUGGGAUAAGCCUGUUGUCCCAGUAUUGAGUCCUUUAAGUGACAUAAUAAAUGAUGAUGCAAUGAACUUGAUUUUUCAAUGGGGGAUAGAUGCAUUCCCUUUUAGGAAAAAAGAUGGUGAUGAACUUGAUCAAAAAUGGAAGUGGUUUUGGGAUGUUACAAAGAGAUUAAAUCUUGGAAUACAGGUGAAAGGGGACAGAUACAUUUUCAUCUAUGGAGGUGGUGACAAAAAAUGGAUUCAAGACUUCACAAUGGCAUUGGAGAAAACAAAAAGACAUGAAGCUAUCUUAAGAGCAGAUGCAAUAAUAGAACACUAUCAUAUAGGAAAAGACGACCCCAAAAUUGUUCCUCGUUUUUGGAUCGAAAUUGAAAGUAAGACGCUAAAAAAACACCAAGAUGCUCUAGACUGUAAGAUUCAAGGUAUUGUGAAAAGCUUGCUUUGUCUCAAACAAGAUCCACAAGGUUGGGUUAUUCUCACCAAAGGCUACAAUGUCAAGCUUUUGGGUCAUGGUGAGCCUAUGUAUCAAACUUUAGCUGAUUUUGAUAUAUGGAAAGACAAAGUACUUCAAAAAGAAGGAUUUGAUAUUGCUUUCAAAGAACAUUAUGAGACUAAGAUUAAAGAAACAUAUGUUAAGCAACCAUGUGCAAUUAUUAAUGUUGAUAACAAUAUUAAUGGGAAUGUUAUAGCUACUAUAUCAUGCCCAAAUCCUACUUGUGGACGUGAGAUGGAGGUGUCGUCUGUUAAUUACAAGUGUUGUCACCGCGAUCAUGCUACACAGAAUGGCAAGAUCUGAAUCUGAGAAAGGGAAGAGGUUGCCACUGUGAUGGAGGUUACAUUUACUAUUUACUAUAUUAUAUAUUUGCAUGUGUGUUUGUUAAUGAAGAUGAAAGCCUGGUGCCAUGUAACCACCUUGUUUAUCCUUGAUGAAAGGGUAGCAAAUAAAUAAUGGCUUUACUUUGUCUGUGUGUAUUGAUUAUAAAGUUGAUUAAAUACUUUGCAUGCAUAUAAAAUCAGCAUGCAGUUCUCUUUUGUUCCACUCCUUUUUAGUAGUAUUUUUAAACUUAAGUAAUAUCUUAUUGGCUA